AUGUCGACCCGUUCGCACCAAGGCUGUUGGACGUGUAAGCGCAAAAGGCGCCGCUGCGACAACGCACAGCCUCAUUGCGACAAUUGCGUCCGUCGGGGGAUUGAAUGCGAAGGCUACGAAGUCCGGCUGCGCUGGGGGAGCGGGAUCGCCUCACGAGGCCGGUUCGCGGGCGCUGAUAAGCCGUUGGAGGACAGUGUGCCGUCUCGGCCCAAAGGAAGGAAGCGGGACUUGAGAAAAGAAAAGAGGCCUGAGAAGUUGGUGUCGCAUGAGUCUCAUGACCUGCGUGACGAGCGACGGCCGUCCAGACCGAAUGAGUCGUCUGAGGGCGUAUACCAGGGAACUGGAGGGCCUGCGGUUCCCGAGGAUAGUUCAUCGCAGCCACGCAGAUCGAAGACGGAUGAGGCUCUUUUUAGCAAAUUCAUGAACAGUGGCAUAAAUGUGUUACAUUCAACAACGGCCGGUGACGACCUGCUGCAGCCUCGACUGCCCGAAUUAUGUUGCGAAUCCAGUGCAUUAUACACCAUCUGCCUUGCAUUUCAACUUUCGCUAGAGACUGUUCAAUCGCCACAAUUCUUCGAAUAUUUUGACAAAUCCUUGCGGGAAUUUCGAGCCGAACUAGACCGGAGCACAACCCUGCCAGAUGGGACUUUACUAGCUGGGCUCUUGCUAUCAAGUAUAGGGUUAAUGCAUGGCCUACCGUGGACUAUACACCUCGAAGGCAUGCACAACAUCCUGCAGAGCCACGACCUUGCCGAUCAGCACUACGUUGCCCGCAGCAACUCAUUUAGAGCCCACCUCUUCGAAGUCAUGGGCGUCAUGGACCUCCCGCAUUUUUCGGUCGGGCGCCAGACCCCUACGAUAGGCAUUUGGAAGCGCUACUGCCAGCCCUCAUUCCACAAGGACGGCCCAGAACCCAUGAGCGGCCUGCCCAGAACUCUCUUAGAUCUUUAUGCCGGGAUCGGCACGAGUACCACCGAGCAAAGCUUGUGGGAUUGGCCAGGUGAAGCCGGCAGUUUUCUCCAGUGCUACCUCUGGGAAGCGCAUCGGCUGGCUGGUAUUCUUGCUCUCCGUCGCGGCAAUAGGAAGCGCCAGCAGAACUCACCGACCGAGCCCAGUAUAGCAACGUGGCGGCAGUCACGGGAGUGCCCCGCGAGCGAGACCGUGUUAGUGGCGAGGAUCCUGGCAAACCUUGAUGCGCUUCGUCUGGCAUGUAUGGAACGUCCCUCGGAGGAUAAGUUCAUUAGGAAUGCAAUUCUGUUUCCGGUCUUUCAUGCCGGGCUGGAAGUCUCCGUGCUUUCGCAGAAUCCGAAAUGGAAGGAGACUAUUCAGAACUGUCUCCUUGGGUCGCCGCAGGAUGCCAUUCUUCUCAGUCAAGAGGGGUGGAAAUGGGGCUGCUAUGAUGCUUUUGGUGAGCAGACUGAGUUUACCUUUCAGACUUACAUGAACGAGCUCCUCAUCUCAGUUUACUAUGCAAGAUGA